CWCUACAAUACUAUUASUAUUACAACAAUAAUAUUGUAAAACAUUUUGUUUUAAUUGUAAUAAUAAAACACAAAUAAAUUGAUAGCCAUUUGACUAACAAGUGUCGGGUAUUUAAGACCGUAAGAUAACCGGGUAUUCAAACAUAUUAUUUAAGUGGACAACAAUAAUCAUAAUAAUAAUGGCCAUGUUUUGUGCAAAAAUGGACAAACACCAAUUUAGCCGAUUGGUCCCGGCUAUGAAUAUGAUGGCCACCCGUCUACUGUCGGCCGGUGCCGCCCAUCCGGACCCGAAUCCGCACGGCUGGAAAUCGUGGCGCGACAUACCCGAUUCGAUGAUACCGACCACCAGCAAACGUGACCCCAACAAUCCGAUAUACGGUACCCGCAAGUAUGUGGACUAUCGUAAACAGUGCAUCUGGUAUCAGAUCAACAACGGCGUACCCGUCUAUUUGAAGGCCGGUACCACCGACUAUGCACUCUACUACCUGGCCUGGGCUGGCAUAACAGUGAUGCUAUUGGUUAACAGCUAUAUUAUUGGCGAUAUGAUGUUCGGAAAGCCUAAAAAGGAUGCCAAAUAAAAUAACUGGGCUAUCGAUGCGAAUCACCCCCUUUAUCUAUUAUUAAAAACUUAACAUUUAAAAAACAAUAUGAAUAUUAUUUAGUCUAUUAUUAUUAUUAUUGUUGUUUUAUUAUUAUUAUUAUUAGUAUUAUAGUGAUUGCAACACAAAAAAAAUUGAUUUUUAAUUCAAAGAUAAUCUAUUAUUAAAAAGUCAAAAACAAAAUUACCUUAAAAUGUAUAAAUUUUUUUUAAUUAACAUUUAAUUUGUUUAGUAAUAGUACCAGUACCAAUWGGUAGUAGUAGUAGUAUAUGGUAAUAAUGAUGAUGAUAA